UUUGCUCGGUAACGAUCUAAACCAGCAAAGUGAGGGGAAAACACCCCACUACAAUGGACCGAAGGUAAGCCAAACUGUUUCAGCGUCCACCUUGGUAAAAGAGUCUCUCGGUUUGUGGAAACGUCAAAACUUCAACAACUCACCUACAGUAUCGUAUUUCCCGCAGUUGGUCAAGUGAACAUUAUCCCCAUCCCACCCUAUUCUGUCACUCUAUCCUUCCUUGCAUUGAGGCUGAAACCUGGUCUUUUCUUUACACCGUGCCUUUUGUCUUUCUGUUCCAUUAUGUCUGAAGCUCAGGUUCCUGUUUGGCUGGACUGUGAUCCAGGUCAUGAUGUACGUAUAAACAAAAACGGUGCUUAUAGCCUUGAUCUCAUACAACUUCUUAGUUCUGUUACGGGACUCGAGUGAUGUUUAUGAUUUGGUUGUUUUCUUUCCUCUUCGCGUCUCGUAAUAGCGCUCAGCAGUACUAAAUUUCUUGAUAGGACGCUUUCGCCAUUCUUCUGGCUGCUUAUCAUCCCCAGAUCAGAUUGCUCGGUGUCUCAACGGUCUUUGGCAAUGCAUCUCUUGAAAACACUACGCAUAAUGCUGCCUCCAUCCUCACCGCCAUUGGUAUGCAUGAUAUUCCUCUGUAUAUCGGCCUGGGUAAAGCUCUUGAACGUCCUGCCCUUCAUGCACCAACGGAUAUCCACGGUGUUUCUGGAUUAGAUGGCACCGACCUUCUUCCUGAGCCACUUGUAACCCCCUCUACCAUCCCGGCUGUUGAGGCGAUGGCGGAGGCCCUGCGUGCUCAACCCCCUGGUACAGCGUGGAUUGUUGCAACGGGUGCGCUGACGAACGUUGGAGCCCUGCUCCGUGCGUAUCCAGAGCUUGUCAGUCACAUAAAGGGUGUCAGUCUUAUGGGAGGCUCUAUUGGCGACAAUUUCUCAGAUGCACCGCUCGGCGAAGUUGAUGGUCGCCCCAGAAUCGGAAACUACACGCCUUGGGCUGAGUUCAACAUCCUCGUUGACCCAGAAGCUGCUGCUACGGUGUUCCAUACCAAAGAGAUUGCUGCCAAAACUACGAUUGUGCCCCUCGAUCUCAGCCAUCAGGUGUUAGCGACAUCGGAGGUGAGAGAGAUGCUGUUGUACGGCCCCGAUGCUGAGCGAACAGGUCCGGGGAAGACAACCCUCCGUACCAUGCUUGUUGAGCUCCUCUACUUCUUUGCUCAAACAUAUGCUGAUACCUUCGGUAUUACCGCUGGUCCUCCUCUGCAUGAUCCUAUUGCCGUUGCUGCUGUACUUAUCGGCACCGAAAGUGAGAUUCCAUUCUUCGAGUGGGACGCCAAGCACAGCCAGCCCCCUGAGCAUAACGAACGCUUCGAAGUCACAGUCAUAACUGAGGGCACAUUCGAAGAGGCUAAGGAGGGCAAGCAGACCGGUCGCACAUUGGCCAAGUUGCUUCCGCCAGGUCAACAAGGUGUUAGAAUUCCUCGGGGAGUCGACACUGCCAAAUUCUGGCAGGUUAUCGAAGAGUGCAUUGAGCGAGCAGACGCAAAAAAUGCUGCGCUUGCGCUUGCGAAGUAGUUUUCAGGGAAGAGUCAAGGGGCUAUAGUAGAAUAAAAACUGCGCAUGUAGGAUUAGAUAAUUGGACGACAUACUGCGUCAUGACGAAUCUAUCAAGUCUUGUUAUAGUCUAUAUUUCAUCGGGGAUGGUCUCCUUACUGCCCGAAUCCCAAUCAAGCAUCAAAUUCAAGCUCUGUUCAUAUGUCCAGAGAGUGACAGCGCUCGCAGGGGCCGAUUUGAGAAGACUGAUAGUCAGGCCCUUGUACAAACCACGGAAGCCUUCUGUGCGUAAUAUCGAUAAAAGUGCGCUCCGUGCCGUGGCGUACUCGGGAAUGUUUUGGUAGACGUAUUGCCGUCGCGCUGGUCCCUGCACCUGAAUACGCUUUCGCACAAGAUCGAGAGGGAAUACAGCUGUUUUGGAUAAAAUGCUGGCACACAUGCCAGCAGUAGCGUCUCCGCUGCCCCAUGGCAUGUGUAAUCCCUCUAGAGACGUUCUAAGGGACUCAUAAGUGACGAAAAAGAUGCCCAUAAAGGGUAUGAUUUGGCCAAGUCCAGGCCCAAUGCCUCUAAAAAAGCCUCGCCAACCCUCAUCGCGUUUUAUAUCCCAGACGGCACUGCGGAGUGACUGGUAAACACGGUGUCGACCCUGAGCUGCGAAUCGUGUUCUUAAUAAAUCGAGAGGAUAUGUGAUGGUGGUGGCAGCAGCACCAGAGGCAGCACCAGCAAUAAAACUUUCGGCAGCAUCGGGCAACCUUGUGGGAAAUGCCGUUCGGAGGAAAAGGGUCGCCGAGCGGUAUGUUGUGAACUGUACGGCACCAUAGCAUACAUACAUAAGCUCUGCAGGAACAUUGCCCUUCCACAGGCCUGUCAAACCUUCAUGCUUGAGGAUGUGUUUCAGGGUCUCGAAUGCCCCUCGAUAAGCAGGUGCGUUGCGCAAAGCUGCUACAGGAUCGGACAGAG